CUAUCUGGAUCCAAAAAUUUGUUGAACAGAGAAAAAGAUUUUGGUACUAUCUGGAUCCAAAAAUAUGUUGAACAGACAAAAAGCAAUCAGAUUCUCAAGUUUAAGUUAUUUUAUUCUAACAGUGAAUCAAAGUUUUACUUACCUUUCAACCAAAAAACAUUUUACUUGCCUUUAAAGAAAUUAUUUAUCUAUUAAUGGCUUACCAUUAAUUAAAAUGAAAAGUAGAAGACAAAAACGUGUUGCCAUUGGGAAUUGAACCUGUAUCCAAGGAGUCAUAUUUCCACGCUAGUUCCGCUACACCAAAUGACAUUCACUGGCUUUAAUUUGGCGUCUUAGUAAUUAUUUAAUAUUUUUAGUUUAUACGUAAUAUCUCAAACCAUUAUCGUGACUUUUCAGAUUGGGGUCAAGGUUGUUGGAUCCUUGAAGAUUAUAAAUCUCGAUCCAUAAAAAUACUAAGGGAUUUGGCGUCGUAGUAUAGUUGUCGUGGUAUAGUGGUCGACGUAGGAUGUAUCCCCGGGAAAAAUGGCCUCGCCUAUUACUUGAGCAUAAUCAUAAUCUAAUAAAAUCUUAUAGUUUUAGUUUAAAUUAAACUAGGCAACUUGAAUCUAUGAAAGAUGCGCUACAACGAUACUUUUGUAGUCAUCUCCCUCACCCUUAUUGUCACAAAAAUCGUGCAACAGACGAUAAACAUAUCCAAAUUAGUUUAGGCAAGAGGGUUGAUAAUAUGAAAAUCAAUGCAAUGGACAUGUCUUCAUAGUCGAAGCAAGGUUAGCUCAAAUUUCAAGAAGGCUGGUUUGGGAUCCUAGUUAUGUAGUGUAAUGCGAAUCGGGGAUCAUUUGUCGUCCAAAUAAGUUGUUGAAUAGAAUUGGAUUAUUGCGUACGACAGUAAGCAUUGUGUUUUAUGAUUGUUUUCAUACUAACAUUGGUAGAGUUGUCUGUCGUAGGGAGUGUGGUAGCUAGACAUUAAAUUGACUGGGCUCCUUUUUAUUUUCAAAAUGCAAAAUUCUGUUUAUCUAAUGAACUUUGAGUUAAUUAAUGUCCUUAGAUGAGCUAACAUGAACGAAAGUAUGAGGUCCUAAAUUCAAAGGAUCAUAUUAAACCUUACAUAUCUGAAGGAUUUUGUUGCCCUGUUUUUUCCCAACUGAGUCCUAUGACCCCUCUCCUCAAGAGGUGGCUCAUCCACUGCCCCUAGGGCGUUAAUGUAUUCAACAAUUGGAAAAUGCAACAUUUCAAUGCUUAAUUGUAACACAACGUGGUUAGUAAUACAAGAUUGAUUUAGGACAUACAACGUUUUCAACAGAUCUUGGUAUUCUCAUUGUUUACAACUUGUUAAACUAUAGGAAAUGAAAUUGAUUAAAGAAACUCCCAUUGUUUACAUAGGGAACAACUAACCAUCCCCCAUUGGCCCAUUUUCCCUCCUUGUUUUUUUUUUGAAAAACGAGUUAUGUUAGUAGGGGGGAAAAAAGCAAACAAUGCAUGUUGGCCAUGUGUUUUCAAGCGCAGCCCAUUCACAGCCCUUCUCUCCCACGCGCAUUGGUCUUGAAAAUCCAAACCCUAAAUUCCAUUUUCCCCUUCCGUUCUCCCCAAUCCAGCUGCUCCCUCCUUUCGACCCUCACCAAGAUGUGAUGGGCAAAAUAGACAAAAAUGCUGGGCUAAGAACUAAAUAAAUAAGAGUCGAUGAAACCCUAGCCGUCACUCAUUACACCUUCCCCCUCCCCUUGUUCUCAAUCUCUUCUGUUAUUUCGCCAAGAACCCAAAGGAAAAAAAAUCCUACCCGCCUACCUCUUCAUUCCUUCCUCUACAUGCCUCCAAGCUCUCGCUUCGUUGUGAGGGGUAGAUCGAUGCCGCCCUAUCUUAAUCUUCUUCUCUGGCGCGAAAUGGGUGACGAUUUGGAGAUUGAUGUCGGGGAGACAUCUGCAAGGAGGAAGGUUCGUAUUUUACUCACAAAUAAAUUUUUUAUCUUAUUCUUGCAGACUAGUUACCUAAUCCAAUCCAUUUUAUUGAUCUUCUUUUAUUUUCUUAUGAGGUUGUGUUGGCGGCAGUUCGGCGGGCAGUCCCAACAUGUAGAUGUGUCUACAAAGGGCAGAGAAGAACAUCAGAUGUAGUUGGAGUGUUCAUAAUAAAUAUUGUGAAACCAUAUUCCAUCUGGUGGUUCUUUUCCGCCCACUUGACUCCUACAUUGUGGAAGAAACUCGCAAAGGCUGCAAGAGAUUUGAAAGAUUUGAGGUUGGUUUCGUUCUAUUGUUGUUUUGUCUAUUAUUUCUUUUGGUCUGAAUCCCUCAACUCAGAAAAUUCAUUGCUUGCAGAGUUGUGAAGGCCAUUGCUGGAUUCGGGAGAUAGUUUAUGUACCUCUGGUUCUAUCAAAAUUUUGAUGGUAUUAUUUUAUUUCCUUCCAGUUUCAAAUGUUCAUUUGAAAACACAUGUAUAUGCGAAAUAUUUGGUUGAGGCAUGCGCAGAUAAUGUGAUUGCUGUCAUAUGCUUUCUUGAGGGGUACUAGAGUAGAUGAUAUAGUAAGUCUGGAAUGUAUUGAAGUUAUGUAGGAGUGCGUCAUUCAUAGGAAUGCCCCAUUACUAUUUAGCUUGAAUAUGUACCAUUGGAACUAUGGUAUCCUUUAUUCCUGAACCCUUCAAGAAAGUGUAUGAUAGUAAUAUGUGGUCUGCAGAAGUAUUUCAAGCUGGACCAUAAAAUUUAACAAAAUUUCAGUUUUUUAUAUUUUGCUUUAUGUAUAUCAUUUGUUUGAUUUGUCGAUUUUCUUUCAUUAUAUGUGCAUGUCAUUGCCAUGGAGAGUGUGAAGGGAAGGAUGGAAUCUGACAUGCAAGAAGAACAUUAUCCAGAUGAGUACCCAAAGUAGGAUUUGUAUGCUUUGUUGUGGUCCCAAGCUUCCAUCGGACUUUGUUUCCUGUAUUGUGAAUGACACUAUUUUUGGUGUGUCUGUGCAGGAGUUAAACCCCUGAAGAAUUAUGUCAAGUGAGGGCAAAAGCGAAGACACUUGUCAGGAGGAUCAAUGUUAAUUGGACUCUGGAUAUUGCAAAAGGAAUGGUUAUUCUAUAUGGGGUCAGACUAGUGAAGGAGGAAGAAAUUGGCCCGAUUGUGGUAGAGUCAGACUGUAAAAAGGUGAUCGAGAUACUGAAACAUGGGAAAAUAGGCAGAACUAAACUGGGGGUCAUUUGUUCGGAUAUGUUCAAGGAGGAUUUGUAUGCUUUGUUGUGGUCCCAAGCUCAUGUGUUUGCUCAUCUAGUUUCUGGUUCUGAGGAAACUCAUUUUCAUUGUAAUGGUCUACAACAAAGGGUAGCUGACGUUGUAGCCUUUGAGGCAUUUGAUUCCUGAUUUUAAUGAAUCCUUAUCAGUGGUUUCUCAAAAAAAAAAAUACUCAGUAUGCACAGUUGUUGCCUUUUAUGUAUUGGGUUGUUCUGAUUAAAUAUAAGUCCGGCCGAUUCAUGGAAAAAACAAUACAAAAUAUUAGAAGCUCCCUCCAAUAUUUUUAUUUUCUAUAGGAGUUUUACUUUCCCUAAAAAAUUGGAGUGCCAUGCCUCCUGAAAUUAUCACAAAAUAAAUUAAAAUAGUAAAAGUUUGCUAAUAGUUAUUGGCGGUUAAAGAGGGAAUUGAAGUGUACUUUUCAUCCGUUGAAAACAAAAAAUUGUAUUUUUGGUAUUAAAAAAUUUCUGUUGGAAAUUUUUACUUUCCCUCCGUUUUAUUUUUUAUGAAUAUUCCCUCCUAAUUUCGAGUGAUAUGUCGCGCAAAUUUAUCACAAACGUAAAGUUAUUUGUGGAUAGAAAGGAAAUUGAAAAGGGACUCGCUUAAUUUCAUGAUUCCCUGUUUUGUUGCUAGAGAUAAAAUUUAAAUCAUUAAAAUUGUCCGUCUUUAUUUUUUCAGAAACGGGACCCGCUUCUCCCAUCAAUGACCUUCUAGGGUCGGAGGAAUUGCAAUUGAGAAGUAGCAGGGUCAUUUUGUUCAUUUCAUGGAUUUGUGUUGCCUAAUCGAAUCGUUAUAACUUUGAUUCGGUUUGGAUCAAACCAUAUAUGGCUCGAUUCGGUCUUGACCAUCCCAUUGGACCGACUAUUCUUUCAUUCGAAUAAAAUCACUCUUAAAGGACAACACAAGAAUUAAAAACAUGUAAUUACACGAAAAGAAGUAAUAAAAUUAUCCCAAUUUAAAUACUCCACAAUUCUUAAAAACCACAUGUUCCAAAAUAUUAUGCAAAAAGCUAAACGAGAACUACGGGUAAUUAGCAUAAAUGGUCACAAACCUUUGCACUUAGUACAAAACAGUCACAAACCUUUAAUUUGUAACCAUUUGAUAACAAAACUUUUUACUUAGAACAAAACGGUCUCAAAUUAAACAGUGUGACCAUUCCAUACCAGUUCAAACUUUUGUUACCGUGUCGUUACAAAUUAGACUUUUGGUGACCGUUUUGUAAAAUUAAGUUCAAAAGUUUGAACGCUCAAUCACCGUUACAAUUCACUCUAGUUGUAUGGUGGUUUUGUUAAUGUAUGUGAAUGAGAUUAUGUUGUUUAGGAUGACAAUGAGAGAAUUCAAUGGCUCACAAAUGGGUUCCAGACUGCUUUUUAGUUGAAAAACUAUGUCUACUUUCUUACUUUCUUGGUAUCAAAAUUGAAAGGUCAACUGAGGGCGUUCUUAUUCGGCAAAGCAAAUAUGUUGAUGAACACAUGACCUGACAUCUUAUAUGUCGUUCAAGUGGUUAGUGUCAUAUACUUAAUGAACAAACUACCCGACCUCAAAACAUGACAAACAUUUAAUUUGUAACGAUUCGGUAACAAACCUUUGUACUUAAAACAAAACGGUCAUAAAUUAAAUAGCGGUGACCAUUUUAUACAAUUUCAAAGUUUUGCUACCGUAUUGCUACGAAUUAAAGGUUUGUGACCAUUUUGUACUAAGUGCAAAAAUUUGUUACCAUUUAUGCUAAUUACCCCGAGAACCACUUAACUAACUAAAAGACAAAAGUCUUUUUCUUCAAUCUCAAAGGUAGUCUAACUAAUUGUCUCUCCAAUCUUCUAUUUUAUUUUCUAACUAAUUGUCUCUCCAAACUACUUAACUAAUCGUCUCUCCAAUCUUCCAUUUUCAUUAUCUCAAUCAACUUCACUAAUGGACAACACUAAAAGAUUUUGUCCCCUAAAAUCAAUAAUGAAAUUGUAAACUCAAUAAAAAUUGGUCAUUGCU